CGCCCGCCUUCCCGGGCCAUGUCGGGCAGCGGCGGGGUGAAGAAGCGCAGCUCGGCCGCCUCGUCCUGCUCGGCGCAGGAGGAGGAGCGGCAGGCGCUGGAGAAGAUGCUGGAGCCGGCGGGGCCCGGCGGCGGCGGGGCCCAUGAGAACGGCUGCGCCGGGGCGCUGUCGCCGGGCGCCCCGCCGGGCGGCGAGCUGGGCCCGCCGGGCAGCGGGGACGGCGUGGCGCUGAAGCGCUCCAUCACCCUGAUCAACGGCGUGGCCAUCAUCAUCGGCACCAUCAUCGGCUCGGGCAUCUUCGUGACCCCCACCGGGGUGCUGAAGGAGGCCGGCUCCCCGGGGCUCUCGCUGGUGGUGUGGGCCGUCUGCGGGCUCUUCUCCAUCGUGGGCGCCCUGUGCUACGCCGAGCUGGGCACCACCAUCUCCAAGUCCGGGGGAGACUACGCCUACAUGCUGGAGGUGUACGGCUCCCUGCCCGCCUUCCUCAAGCUCUGGAUCGAGCUGCUCAUCAUCCGGCCUUCCUCCCAGUACAUCGUGGCCCUGGUCUUCGCCACCUACCUGAUCAAGCCCCUCUUCCCCAGCUGCCCGGUGCCUGACCAAGGGGCCAAGCUAGUGGCCUGUCUCUGCAUCCUGUUUCUCACAGCGGUGAAUUGUUACAGCGUGAAAGCCGCCACCCGCGUCCAGGAUGCGUUUGCAGCGGCGAAACUGCUGGCUCUUGCUUUGAUCAUCAUCCUUGGUUUUGUGCAGCUUGGGAAGGGUGAUGUGUCAAACCUGAGUCCUGAACACUCCUUCGAAGGCACAAAUGUCGAUGUGGGGAACAUUGUUCUGGCUUUGUAUAGUGGUCUCUUUGCCUAUGGAGGCUGGAAUUACUUGAAUUUUGUCACUGAGGAGAUGAUAAACCCCUACAGAAACCUGCCUCUAGCCAUCAUCAUUUCACUGCCCGUAGUCACCUUAGUUUACGUGUUGACGAACUUGGCUUACUUCACUACCCUGUCAACAGAACAAAUGCUGUCGUCUGAAGCCGUGGCCGUGGACUUUGGGAACUAUCACCUUGGCAUGAUGUCUUGGAUCAUACCCAUCUUUGUUGGCUUAUCGUGUUUUGGGUCUGUCAAUGGAUCCCUCUUCACUUCUUCUCGGCUGUUCUUCGUGGGAUCCCGGGAGGGUCACCUGCCCUCUGUCCUGUCCAUGAUUCACCCCAAGCUUCUCACUCCGGUACCAUCUCUCAUCUUCACAUGCCUCAUGACCCUGCUCUACGCCUUCUCCAAUGACAUCUUCUCCGUCAUCAACUUCUUCAGCUUCUUCAACUGGCUCUGCGUGGCUCUGGCCAUCGUCGGCAUGAUAUGGCUCCGCUACAAGAAGCCGGAGCUGGAAAGGCCCAUCAAGGUUAACCUCCUGCUGCCCAUCUUCUUCAUCCUGGCCUGCUUAUUCCUGAUCGUGGUCUCCUUCUGGAUGACACCAGUGGAAUGUGCUAUCGGCUUUGCUAUCAUCCUCAGUGGGAUCCCCGUUUACUUCUUUGGGGUUUGGUGGAAAAACAAACCCAAGUGGAUCCUCCAAAGCAUCUUUUCCGUGACAGUCCUGUGCCAGAAGCUGAUGGAAGUGGUUCCUCAAGAGUCUUAAGGAAGAAAAGCAAAGACGUUCGGCUCGGGGAAACCCACAAUAUUAUUUUAAAACAACGCAAAAGAAAAUCUUUCUGAUCCCUCAUAAAUCUAGAUACCCUGAGCACCUUGGCAGAGCUGCUGCAUCCCUAAGACUCCACUCCCUGGUGUGCCCUGCUUUCCCCUCCCUGGCCUCAUCACCACCACCAAGCCAGGCAGCCGAGCAACACUUCGAAGAAGAGUUCUUGGGGUACGAAUUUAGUCUAGGAAGAGGAGUUUCUACUGGUGUC